AUGGCGUCGCUCACCGUGAAGGCGUACCUUCUGGGGAAGGAGGACGCGACCCGCGAGAUCCGCCGCUUCAGCUUCUGCUUCAGCCCGGGACCCGAGGCGGAGGCCGAGGCAGCGGCCCGCGGGCCCUGCGAGCGGCUGCUGGGCCGCGUGGCCGCCCUGUUCCCCGCGCUGCGGCCCGGCGGCUUCCAGGCGCACUACCGCGAUGAGGACGGGGACCUGGUUGCCUUUUCCAGCGAUGAGGAGCUGACGAUGGCCCUGGCAUACGUGAAGGAUGACCUCUUCCGGAUUUACAUUAAAGAGAGGAAGGAGUGCCGGCGGGACCACCGCCCCCCGUGUGCUCAGGAGGCACCCCGCAACAUGGUGCACCCCAAUGUGAUCUGCGACGGCUGCAAUGGCCCCGUGGUGGGCACCCGGUACAAGUGCAGCGUCUGCCCUGACUACGACCUGUGUGCCGGCUGCGAGGGGAAGGGCGUGCACCGUGAGCACAGCAAGCUCGCCUUCCCCAGCCCCUUCGGGCAUCUCUCCGAGGGCUUCUCUCACAGCCGCUGGCUCCGGAAGCUGAAGCAUGGCCACUUUGGGUGGCCUGCCUGGGAGAUGGGCCUGCCUGGGAACUGGAGCCCACGCCCCCCUCGGGCGGGGGACACCCAGGCCAGCCCCACCGCAGACUCUGCUUCUGGUCCAUCGGAGGAUCCCAGUGUGAAUUUCCUCAAGAACGUGGGGGAGAGCGUGGCAGCCGCCCUCAGCCCCCUAGGCAUCGAGGUGGACAUUGACGUGGAGCAUGGAGGGAAGAGAAGCCGCCUGACGCCCGUCUCUCCAGGCAGCCCCGGUGCGGAGGAGCGGUGCAGCUCUCAGCCAGGAAGCUGCUCUUCUGACUCCAGCAAACCGGACGACGCCAUGGAGGGAGCUGCACAGGCUCUGGCGAAGCAAAUGAACAAGAUCACGCUGCAGUCGGGUGUGCAGCCCGAGGAGCAGAUGGAGUCUGACAACUGCUCGGGAGGAGACGAUGACUGGACUCAUUUAUCUUCAAAGGAAGUGGACCCAUCGACAGGCGAACUCCAGUCUCUACAGAUGCCCGAGUCUGAAGGGCCAAGCUCUCUGGACCCUUCCCAGGAGGGACCCACAGGGCUGAAGGAAGCCGCCGUGUACCCACAUCUGCCGCCAGAAGCUGACCCCCGGCUCAUUGAGUCCCUCUCCCAGAUGCUGUCCAUGGGGUUCUCUGAUGAAGGCGGCUGGCUCACCAGACUCCUACAGACCAAGAAUUACGACAUUGGGGCUGCCUUGGAUACCAUCCAGUAUUCAAAGCACCCACCGCCCUUGUGA